CACGACAUGUCUCUGCGCUACACUCUCACGCGGGCCGUCGCCAGCGCGUCUGUCGCGCCGCGCGUCGCUGCCCGACCGCUCGCCCGCGCCGCCGUCGCCGUCUCGGCCCCCGGACCCCGCACCUUCUCGUCCACCUCGUUGCUGCUCAAGAAGGCGGCCAAGGGCGGCAAGGGCGGCGGCAAGAACGACCGACCUGAGAAGGCCGAGAAGGGCGGAAAAGGCAAGGGCAAGGGCAAGGGCAAGGAUGCCGAGGCCGAGGCCGACGAGGGCCUCUCUGCCGAGGAGCGCGACGCCGUCAUCGCCAAGACGAAGGAGCGGGUCACCAAGUCGACCGAGUGGGCCAAGGGCAUUGUCUUUGAGGGCGUCGAGCGUGGCCGUGGGCGUGUGUCCCCUGCCGUCCUUGACACAGUCAAGGUUACUCUCCCCAACCAGGGCGGCGUGAACCUCAACCAAGUGGCGUCCGUCACGAUGCGCAACAACGCGCUGUACGUCGACGUGUGGGAGCCCUCGGCGCUCAAGCACGUCGAGAGCGCGAUCAACAAGGCCAACCUGCCCGGCCUGAGCCCUCUGCGCGACGGCACGGGUAUCAAGAUCCCUGUGCCAAAGCCCUCGGGCGAGGUGCGCACGCAGAUCGCAAAGAGCUUUGGCGAGACGGCCGAGGCGGCCAAGACCCAGAUCCGCGUUGCACGUACCGACGGCCUCAAGGCCCUCGGCGGUCGCGGCGAGGAGGGUACCGACGACAUUCAGGAGAUUGUGGACAAGGCGACAGCCGAGCUCGACAAGCUCGUCGUGACGGCCAAGAAGGAGCUGGAGAAGGCAUAGGCAUAUAGGCAUAAUGCAUUGAAUCUGUG